AGGUGUCUGGUAGCUGUACGCUCAGUUUAGUUUUUCUUUCUUUUGUGGAUUCCUAUCUACCUCGCGGAAAUGUCGGUCAGUGAAAUCCCACAUAAAGCCCCCGCCGUAUCGGAGAACAACAAUUUUCCGGACAUUGUUUUAACUGAUGGAACCCCGUCGAACAAUCCAAUGGUGACCAAAGCUAUCGCAUUCCUAACGCAUCCAGCAGUAACAAGUCAUAAAGUGGAGGACAAGGUGAAAUUCCUUCGGAAGAAAGGUCUGCAAGAGCAAGAUAUUCAGUCAGCUCUUAAAGCAACGGAAUCGGCAUCAAAUUCAUUCGCUGAAGAAUUCAGUCCUUCAGUUGUAGUUCGUCCUCCUCUUUUCGCCGAGCAAGACUCCUUCAGGCAACGAUUAUUGGAUUAUCAAAGCGUUGGGACAUUCUGUCUGGUGCUUGGUGGAAUCACCUAUGCGUGUUUUCGAUUUUAUAAGGGAAUCAUCGAACCGUUCAUGUUUCCCGAGCGGAGAAGAACGCAGGAAUUCACUAUGGUAUCAUUCUUGGAGAAGAACGAUCAUGCCUUGAAACAAAUGAACGCGACGUUGGAGAAAAUUCUUUUCUCGUUGGAAAGUCAGCAGUUCGCGUCCACAGGGAUUCAAGCUUCUGUUCGAGAGUUGAAGCAGGAACUUGCUUCUGUCAAGUCCUUGUUCCUGAGCAGAAUGCAUUUUCCUGCUGCCAAUUUGCCGUCCGGAGUUCCACCAAGCAUUCCUUCGUGGCAGAUCAAGGGAAACAGUAGCGGGGAUGGAAGGAAAGAAGAGAACAGGAAAUCCUCUCGCAACUCCGGCCAGAACGCGUCAUCGCGCAGAAUCGAAUCCGGCGGUAAUCACAGUGGAAAUUCUUCGGAAGAAAGUCUGGAAAUAAUUCCUCCCGGAGGAAACAGAGGAGCAGUUCAGGCAGAGUAUCCUGUUUCAUCCCCUUCUCCACCAGUGGACGAAGAACACGAAGAUUCCCCGGCGGGAGAUAGAAAAACGAACGAGCGGUGAUCCUAUUCUACCGAUUAGGGAAACCGAACAAGUUUCCGAGAAGUAUGCGAAUUUCUGGGGCUCUCAUGAUUCAACAUUUUUCGAGGACUAGGCAAGUUUUGAGAUCGAGAAAAGUUGUCUUCACUUUCAUAAUUCGACGGCGUUGAAAAAAUUUUCGAUUUGUCGGAAGCGCUUCUUGGACGAACGGUUGAACCGUUUUUCGAUUUGAACUUUCUUACAAAAAAAAGAAAAGGGAGUUAUUACGAGUUUAUUGCGAAGGGCAUGUAUAGGGACAGUCUUUGCCAUUUGUUCGGGCUUGGUUCGUAUGUUUGCAAAGGGAACAAAUUUAUGAAGUAUGUUUUGGUUUCUCUCGUGGUGGGUUGUUUUGUUUCUUUUUCCAGUCGAAGAAGGAAUAUUUAGACGGUGCGGUUGGUUUGAGGUGUUCUGGAAUUGCGCACGUGACGAGUCCGUAUUCCACGCAUAAUGUGAUAGCAUGAUUUUUUUUUCAGUUGUGGAGCGGAGGAUAUUUAGGUGUUUAAUUUCAAGUAAUACAAGCAUCAUUCCACGUUGUUUUUUUUUGCGUGCUCAUUUUUGUAAUAUUACGAGGUUUUAUUUUCGUGCUACUCAACCGCUGAAAGCGUGAUCAUUCCGGGGAUUUGCUAUUCAAUUUUUAGUGAUGAUAUUUUUCUCCAAGGGUGAUUCCCGUUUAGAAAUCCCCUAAUAUUUUUUCGGCGCCUGGGAGAGGAAUGUAAAAAUGUGGGAGGAAAUAUGCAUACAUUUGUUGCAUAAUUAGACAUAAUUGGGUCUGUGAGAGAUUGUGUUGUGCGAGAUUGUUAGGGAAUGAAUCACUCUCAGAUUUGCCCCAAGAAGACCAAAUUUCUUGGUCCUCUUUUUACAUAUGUAGUUCCUUGUAAAGUUUCAGGAUUUUCCCGUUUCAAUUUGCCUCAACUCCUCGACGCAAAUUUCAAAAUCACGUGUUUGUAAAUCCCUGAAAUAUUCGCGUUUCUGCGUGUCAGUUAGCGUGUGAAACACUGCCUUUUAUAAUGUUUUAUUUUUAUUUCAGAGCGACUUUUAUUUUACACACU